AUGUUCAAGACAAGCCGAAAUAGUAUCUUUAAACAGCUCCGAUCUGUUCAUACAUUGCCCAGAUUGGCAAACCAUGAAACAUGGUCAAGUCAAGGAAUACCUGGCCUCUUGUCUCCACAAGGUUAUUCCACAGCAUGGACUAAUUAUCAAACUUAUUUAUUGACCAACUUGACAUUACUCACCAAUGGAACUGCCAAUGAAACCAAAAAACCAUUUGAAAUCUUGCUUAAUACGGCGAAACAAACCACACAACAACAUACAUUCCAUUAUGCUGCCAUGUCACACAUGAAUCAUUUCUUUUUUGAACAAUUGACCGAUAAAUCAACUUCAAGUUCAAGUAAACCUUCACGAUUCCUUAUGGAAAAACUAAUACAUCAAGAUAUAUUGGAUAUUGAUGCAUUGAGAACUAAAAUGUUGACAAUGGCUGAAAAUGCUUAUGGACAAGGAUGGAUUUAUCUUGUUGAAGACAAGACCAAGAAUUUGCAAUUUUUACAAUGUAAUAAUGAUGGAGUGCCUUAUUAUUUUGGCAAGCGUCAACAAUUGGAUUUGAAUGGUGGGAUUGAUGAAUUAAGCUUUAAUAGUUUGGCCAAUUUACAAAAGAGAGCAGCAGCAGCUAGUGGUGUUGCUGGCCAAGAAAAAAGUGGCGUAGUUGUUGCUGAUGAAGAUGAGCAGUAUUUGCCCAUUUUGGCUAUCAAUUAUUGGGAUUAUAUGUAUGUUGAAGAUUAUGGCGUCACUGGAAAAAAUGAGUACUUGAGUAACUUAUGGGAUCAUUUGAAUUGGGAUGUGAUUAAUAAGAGAUUGUUCCAAGUGUAA